AUGAGUUCCCAGCAUUACCCGGACGGGAUUCCUCCGGACGAGGAAAUGCAGGAGGGAGAGUCAGCAUAUCCGGAUAUUGAUGAAACAGUUCAAUAUCCAUGGCAGAAUGAGCAAUCUUUUGACAUCGGGGAGAUGCUUGCCUCCGUGAUUGAUCCUCGUUUGUUUGGGGACCAAAACCCACAAAUUCAGCCCCAAAGCAUCAACCAAUAUCCUCAAGAUCCUAGCAAAGGCCAAGGCGAAGUCGAAGAAGAGCAAGAUGCCGAUGACUUUUACCUAAAUGAAUAUGACAGCCAGGGGUAUCCCCCGGUAUCGUAUCCUCCCGUACCUGGCGAUGAAGCCACGUCGGACGAGGACUUUACCUUAUCCGGAGACGAAAGCGAGAGUGAGUCUGAGGAAGACGAACCAGCGGAGGAUGAUGACGAUGAUCAUUCAGGCGCCAGUAGGCGCCGCCGUCGUGGAGGUGGACGCUUUUCCGGAAGAUAUGGCGCUCGCGGCGGAAAGGGCAUCAAAAGAGGACCCCGCAAGCCGCUGGAGCCCAGUCCAGAAUUCAAACAUCUUCAUUCGGGGGCUACCUCUGCCUUCAUUGAUGGAGACUACGAACGGGCCAUUGAGCUGGUGAUGCAGGCGAUUCAGAUUAACCCCGAGAUGUUCGCUGCCCAUUCUUUGCUCUCAGAAAUUUUCCUCGCUCAAGGAGAAAAUGAUAAGGCUCUGGCAGCUCUAUUCAACGGUGCUCAUACAAGACCGAAAGAUCCAGGUGUCUGGGUCAAAGUUGCUCGGCUCAUCUUGGAUCGUGCUGGAGAAGAUCGGCAGUCCGCAUUGCAUGAUGUUGCUUAUUGUUACAGCCGGAUCCUCGAGGUCAGUCCCGGCAACACCAAUAUUCGGUUCCAGAGAGCAGCUAUCUAUCGUGAGUUAGGCCACAAUGGCCGAGCCGCAUCUGAGUAUGAGAGAAUACUCAAGGACUGCCCACACAGUGCCAGAGCAUUGCGCCAUCUUGCAGAGACGUACAUUGAUCUCAAUGACGUACAAAAAGCAGCAGAUUAUUAUGCGGACAGCGUUGGCCACUACCUAUCUCUCAACCCUGAGGAUUCCGAGUUCACUUGGUCGGAUCUCAAUAUUUACGUUGAGCUUUUUGGCUAUCUAAAACAACCCCAAGAAGGGCUCAUCUCUUUAAGAAUACUUGCACGUUGGCUUCUAGGUCGCGGAAAAGACCCAGUGUGGGACGGCCACGAAGAUGACGACAGAGAAUGGGACGCCGAUGAUUCGCCUCGGCGCAUCAAAACCGAUGGUUUUAUGCCUGGUCAGUGGCCCCGAGAGUCAUACGGGCUUGGUCUUCCGCUGGAGCUUCGUAUGAAAAUGGGUGUUUUCCGCCUCAAAAUGGGCGACAAGCAUCACAGUGAGGCAUUACAUCACUUUGAGUGGCUUAACCCAGAAGAUGAUUCUGAAGGUGCCCGGGUUUUCGACUAUGGUGAUCUUUUCAGGGAAGUGGCAGAUGCUUUAAAACAAGUCGGUCUCUUCGAAGAAGCACUCCGAUACUAUACGCCCAUCCAGCAAACCGCUGAGCAUGCCGACAUCAGCUUCUUCAUGGCCAUGGCUGAUUGCUGUAUGCAGCUGGGCAAGAUGGAAGACGCUGAAAGCUGUUAUCUACUCGUCGCUGAACACGAUGCUAAUCACAUGGAAUCGCGAGUACUACUCGCUAAGCUCUAUGAGAGCCUCGGGAUGAGCGAACAGGCUAUGAAGUAUGUCGGCGAGGCAGUUCUGAUUGGCCGGCGGCAAACCCGCAGCCGGGGAAGAAGAAAGGACACCAGACUUGAACAGCUUGCCAUAGAGUUCAAGAUGGCUGGAUCAGAACCCCUCCGGUCAAUUGCACCCAAACCAGCACAAACAGCAACACUGAUGAACGCAGCUCCUUCGGCCCCUAGCAAAAAACCUGGCGAAGGUACUAGAACUGAUGAUAUUCAAUUCUUGUAUGCGAAGUUGUUGGAGUUGAAUCCACAAGUCAAAGCUGGUGUCCCUGUAGCCAUUGAAGAUUGGCUGGACAUUGCCGAUGCUCUAUUGCGAGAUUUCCGGAACAAUCGGGCGUUCUAUCCGAUGGAUCGAAGUAUUGCCUUUAGGGGAUAUUCGACCGGUGCAAGAUCCAAGAACCAGACCAAAAACGGCACAAUGAUGGAUGAAAUGCAGCAAAUGGCGGGCCGUCUUCAAGAAACCUUGGGAGAUGUCUCAGAGGAGCCCUUGCAAGGCGCCAUUCCCACUGACUACCAUGGAAUACCAUUUGAUGAAUGGCUUGACAUCUUCCUGCAAUACGCUCUACUCGUAGUAGAACAAGGCGAGCCAGAAGAAGCUUAUGAGACCCUUGAUUCUGCGGCGAUUGCAAGUAUCUGGUUGCACUCUAAGCCCAAGUCGCGAUUGAUUCAUGUUUGCUGGUUCACAUGCGCUCUCCGCGCACGAGAUGAAGAGACACUGGCCAAUGAAGCCCGCUGGUUCAUCAAAGAAUACCAGUUUGUCACCGACACUUAUCGACUUUUCUCCAUGCUGGGCCACCUAUGUGGCGACCCUCACCGAUCCCUUUUUCAUUCCUCGGGAAACAUGAAAUUCAUGCUUCGCCAAAUCAAGGCGAUGGACUUCACGAUCCCACAAGAUACCCCUCGGCCCAUCCGGCAUUCUAUCUGGAAAGAGCGCGCCACUCUAUCAACACGGGAUGAAGCCGGUGAGCCCAUCGCCGCGAAAUCGUUAGACAUUGCUCUUCUCGUGCUCUAUGGCCACAUGUUGUACUCCGGAAACAGUUUUUACCCCGCGCUGAACUAUUUCUUCCGAGCAUACGCCCUAGAUGACCAAAACCCGGCCGUUCUCCUCUCCAUCGCCCUCUCAUUCAUCCACCAUUCUCUCAAACGACAAUCCGAGAAUCGUCACUACCUCAUUAUGCAAGGACUAUCCUUUAUGCAUGAAUACCGGCUGGUUCGGGAGAAGCCAGGAACUCUUCUACCCGAGAAACAGGAGAUGGAAUUCAAUUUCGCUCGUGUCUGGCACUCGCUUGGUCUGGCCCAUCUUGCUAUCGAUGGGUACGACCGGGUGUUGAAACUCGGCGAGCAGAUUCGAGAACAAGCCAAGCAAAAGUCUCUUCGAGAACCGACGUCUACAACUGAUGGUGCUGGUGUGGUUACGGGCGAUGACGGCAAGUCCCAGGAGACUUCAUCGCCAGCUGACCAGCCCUGCGUUGAGGAUUUCUCCCGCGAGGCCGCUUAUGCGCUGCAGUGCAUUCACGUUCUCAGCGGCAAUACAGAGACGGCGAAGGCUGUUACAGAAAAAUGGCUUGUCAUCUGA